AUGCAAUUCACCAAGGUUAUUGUUUCUGCUAUCUCCGUCGCUACUGUCGCUCAAGCUGCUUCUAACUCUUCUUCUUCUAAGAACGCUGCUGCCCCACAAGGUGGUCUACAGAACGUUGUUAACGCUGGUGCCGUUGGUGCCGCUGCAGCUGGUGCUUUGGCCUUUUUGAUCUAA